AUGAACCUACCAAAGGUCCAGAUCUUGCUGGCAUUGAUUCUCUGUGUAUUUCACGGUCCAGUAUUCUGCUCAGAAGAUGAGACUCGUCUGGUGAAACACCUGUUCACUGGUUACAACAAGGUGGUUCGGCCUGUUAACCACUUCAGCGACGCUGUAGUGGUCACCGUGGGACUGCAAUUAAUACAGCUUAUCAGUGUGGAUGAAGUUAACCAGAUUGUGACCAGUAAUGUCCGUCUCAGACAGCAAUGGGUAGACGUGAACCUGAAGUGGAAUCCUGAUGAUUACGGAGGAAUCAAGAAGAUAAGAAUCCCUUCGACAGACAUUUGGAAACCUGACCUGGUGCUAUACAACAAUGCUGACGGUGACUUUGCCAUCAUCCAUGAAACUAAAGGCCUGCUGGAGUACACUGGGUUGAUAACAUGGAAUCCUCCGGCCAUCUUUAAGAGCUACUGUGAGAUCAUUGUCCUCCAUUUCCCAUUCGACCUGCAGAACUGUAGCAUGAAACUGGGAACCUGGACAUAUGAUGGACUGCUGGUCGUCAUCAACCCUGACAGUGAUCGGCCAGACCUCAGUAACUUCAUGGAGUCUGGUGAAUGGGUGUUGAAGGACUACAGGAGCUGGAAACACUGGGUGUACUACACCUGCUGCCCCGACACACCAUACCUGGACAUCACCUACCACUUCUUGAUGCUGCGUCUGCCUCUCUACUUCAUCGUCAACGUCAUCAUUCCCUGCAUGCUGUUCUCAUUUCUCACCGGACUGGUCUUCUACCUGCCUACUGACUCUGGUGAAAAGAUGACUCUCUCCAUCUCUGUUUUGCUGUCUCUGACUGUGUUCCUGCUGGUUAUCGUGGAGCUGAUCCCCUCUACCUCCAGUGCUGUUCCUCUCAUAGGGAAAUACAUGCUCUUCACUAUGGUUUUUGUCAUUGCCUCCAUCAUCAUCACUGUCAUCGUCAUCAACACGCAUCAUCGCUCGCCCAGCACGCACACCAUGCCCGCCUGGAUCCGCAAGGUCUUCAUCGAAACCAUUCCCAACAUGAUGUUCUUCUCAACUAUGAAGCGUCCCAGUCAGGAGAUCCGACAGAAAACUCUGUUCCCUACUGACAUGGACAUCUCUGACAUCUCAGGUAACCCCAACCCCACCAGUGUCACGUACCAGUCUCCCAUCGUUAAAAACCCUGAUGUUCGCAGUGCCAUUGAAGGGGUGAAGUACAUCGCUGAGACAAUGAAAUCAGACGAGGAAUCUAACAAUGCGGCAGAGGAGUGGAAGUUCGUUGCCAUGGUUUUGGACCACAUCCUGCUCUGCGUGUUCAUGGCUGUGUGUAUCAUCGGGACACUUUGCGUCUUUGCUGGAAGACUCAUCGAGCUCAACACGCUGUAAAGGCCCGACCCAUAAAGGAUUCAUAAAUGUGUGUGUGUGUGUGUGUGUGUGUG